AAAAGUAAGCAUAUCCGGCUCCGGUGUCAUGGCUGGUCCCUACGCCGAGUGCGCGCCCGCUGCCGUCGGCCAGAAGAGGCAGCAGUUUGGGAGCCGGUUCCUGAGCGAUCCGGCGCGCGUCUUCCACCAUAAUGCCUGGGACAAUGUUGAGUGGUCGGAAGAGCAGGCCGCGGCGGCGGAGAGGAAAGUCCGGGAGAACAGUACCCAGCGAGUGUGCCAGGAGAAGCAAGUUGAUUAUGAAAUAAAUGCCCACAAGUAUUGGAAUGACUUCUACAAAAUCCACGAAAACGGGUUUUUCAAGGAUAGACACUGGCUUUUUACCGAAUUCCCAGAGCUGGCACCAGGCCAAAGCCAAGAUCACUUGGAGGAUUUGCCCUCCGACAACAAGAGGAGUGAAGUACCUGAAUGUAGGACCAGUGAGGAUGGACCUGGUUUAAAAAUAGAACAGCACAAGUGUUCUUCAAAUAGUCUUGAACAUGAAACACAGACAGCUCCUGUGGAAGGAAAUGUAACUCAGAAAUUCAAUCACCUGGAAAUCUGUGCUGAUGAGUUCCCUGGAUCCUCAGCCACCUACCGAAUACUUGAGGUUGGUUGUGGUGUGGGAAACACAGUCUUUCCGGUUUUACAAACUAACAAUGAUCCAGGACUCUUUGUUUACUGUUGUGAUUUUUCUUCCACAGCUAUAGAACUGGUCCAGACAAAUUCAGCAUAUGAUCCCUGCCGGUGUUUUGCCUUUGUUCACGACCUGUGUGAUGAAGAUCAGAGUUACCCAGUGCCCACGAGUAGUCUUGAUAUCAUCAUCCUCAUAUUUGUUCUUUCUGCCGUUGUGCCAGACAAGAUGCAGAAGGCUAUCAACAGGCUGAGCAGGCUUCUGAAGCCCGGAGGGAUGAUGCUUCUGCGAGAUUAUGGCCGCCACGACAUGGCUCAGCUUCGAUUUAAAAAAGGUCAGUGUCUGUCUGAAAAUUUCUACGUGAGAGGCGAUGGUACUAGAGUUUACUUCUUCACACAAGAUGAGCUGGAUACACUUUUCACUACGGCUGGACUGGAAAAGGUUCAGAACCUGGUGGAUCGCCGAUUGCAAGUGAACCGAGGGAAACAGCUGACCAUGUACCGAGUCUGGAUUCAGUGCAAAUACCGCAAGCCUCUUCUGUCCAGCGCUGGCUGAGUGGCACCUGCUCCUGACGCGUGAGCUCAUUGGAGCUUUUUAAAAAGAACAUGUGGGAAAGUCCAAGGAUUCAGACUUGAACCUUAAACCUAGAAAAAAUUGCUUUUUAUCAAGAUUCUAAUAAUUGUCCUUCCAAUUUGGGAAGGCCUUUAAUAUGUACUUUCCUAAGUUUUUUCUUACUUUGAGAUAUCAAAGAAUCUUUUUUGCCAUUUUGUAAUUUAUCAUAACUAAAAUUUCAUGGGAAUCGUGAAUUCAAAAGGCGUCAAGAAUUUAUUUCCAUGUGGAAGUAUUAUACAUGAUAAAGUAUCAUCUGACUGUGAGUUGCAUUAAAUUAUUUCGGAGUUCAAAUAUCUGGACUAGGCAGUUUGAUAUAUACGGUGAAUAAAGGUCUUGUUCAGCGAGAAGCA